AUGGCGAUGCAUGGCUGCAUAAAUUAUAUGGGCAAGAGGCACAGCUUGGAAUUGGGCAGCGAUUUCCUUGUAAUGAUCGAUGGCGAUGUGCAUUUAAAUAACACACAAACUCUUCUGCUUUUGCUUGAUACAGCAAUACAAAAAAACUUGGACAUACUAGCUCCUUUGGUUGGACAGCUGCAUAACUUAUUCAGCAAUUUUUGGGGCGCAGUUGCAGACAAUGGAUAUUAUGUAAGAUCCGAGGACUAUCUUGACAUAUACGACCGAAAAGAAACAGGCGUAUGGAAUGUACCGUACAUCAGUUCGAUGAUAUUGAGGCCCAUGCUUGAUGCGUUUAAUUACAACGAGAAGCUUGAUCCCGACAUGAGUUUUUGCUCAUUUGCGCGUGACCAUGGUCAUUUUCUUUUUGUUGAUAAUAGACAUAACUAUGGCUUUCUGGUGGUCACUGAGGAUGUUGAGACAUCAAAAAUGCAUCCGGAAAUGUUCGAAAUAUUUAAUAAUCGAGAGCUUUGGGAGGCACGCUACAUCCAUCAGAAUUAUUUUGCGGCACUGAACGGUAGUGCGCCGAUCCACGAAAUAUGCCGAGAUGUGUUCGACUUCCCACUGAUGUCUGAAACAUUUUGUGCCGAACUCGUCGAAGAAUGCGAAUAUUACGGACGAUGGUCUGAUGGCAGAAACGAGCCUGUGGAAUCGAUAAUGAUGUUCGUUGUGAGGUAUAGGCCGGAUGAGCAAGCCUCGUUACGGCCACAUCAUGAUGCUUCCACCUACAGCAUUGAUGUUGCACUGAACAAACGUGGCGUGGAUUACGAAGGCGGCGGCGUACGUUUCUUACGGUACAAUUGCACUUUCGAUGCCGACACUGUCGGAUACUCGAUGAUUUUUCCGGGUCGUUUAACGCAUCUUCAUGAAGGUUUAGCAACUACGCAAGGAACUCGUUAUAUCGCCGUAUCUUUCAUUAAUCCCUAG